CAACAGAAGAGGAAAGAAGAUCAAAAAUCUUGACUUCCUCCCACAAUUCCAGUGAGAUAUGGGCUGGACUGUUUCCUUCAACAAAGAGGAAGAGAAUGGAUUUAGAAAUGUUAGAGGAAGAAGCCAAUGAACUGCUUUCCUACUUCAAUCAUUGUAAUAUUGACGCCCUUUUGAAAGUCACUCGAAACACUCUGGAGAUCAUACGCAAGCGCAUCCAUGCAUCUUCCACGGUCAACUUCUUAGAAAAUCACAAUGCUUCUAAGCAGAAAAGAAGUACUCAUCCUAUAAUUAGGAGUAGUAUUAACCUAUCUAUUCCUAAUAUCAUCAUGACACCCUCUUUGGAUGAGGUACAGCAGACACUUAAUAAAGCUGUAGAUAGUAUUGUGAAAGUAACGAAAGGAGUUGGACAGUGGAGUAAGGAGAGAAUAUCCAAGAAGAAAAUGUUAGAGAGAAAAGUGGCUGUGUUGCGAUGUGAGAGCAGAGACAGCGAUUCUGAUGAUGGAAUGAGAGAGACUGGAAAGAAAAACAUCCAUGAUGCAGCAUCGCUCAGUUUGUCUGAUCCAGUGCAAAGCCAGAACUACUUCAAGAGUGUUUCAGAAAACAAAGAAAUUAUUAAAUUAGUAUCUUUACUCAGCACUGCUAUCAAUUCUACGAAAAGGGAAGUUCUUACAGCUUUGGAGAGUUUUAGUUGUUACCACCAUAUAUGGCAGAUGGACAAGGAGGAAACCAUUGACAAAUUAAUGACGGGAAACCCAUUACUGUCUGAAUUUGAAUCUGAAAUCCUGCAUUUCCAAGACUUGGAGAUGAAAAUCAAUUCUGAGCCUGAAUACAUCUGUGUGGGAGCUAUUGCACUAUACACUGCUGAUCUGAAGCUAGCACUAAGAGCAGAAACCAAAGCCUGGAUGAGUUUGCUGGGGUGUCAUUGUAACAAGAAGUACCGAACAGAGAUGGAAGUAAUUUUCACUUUUAUAGAGGAAACCAGCAAGAAGUUAAAUCGCUGCAUCAAGGAUCUGGAUGAUGUAAGAAUAGCCAUGUCAGCUUUAAAAGAGAUUAGAGAACUACAGAUCUCCAUAGACUCUCAAGUUGGGCCCAUUGAGGAAUCCUAUGCUAUGUUAAACAAAUAUGAUCUACCUGUGUCCAAGGAAGAGAUAGAGAAGGUGGACACUUUGCACUACACUUGGGAAAAACUACUAGUCCGUGCAAAUGAAGUGCAGAAUGAGCUUGUUGCUUUGCAGCCAGACUUCAGGGGAGAACUUAUUAGCACUGUGAAGACUUUUACUGAAGACUGUGCACAGUUCUAUUCAGAUUAUGAUCAGAAUGGGCCAAUGGUGAUUGGUUUAGAGCCUCAGGAAGCCAGUGACAGGCUUACUAUGUUUCAGAAUCGAUUUGAUAAUCUUUUUCGCAAAUAUAUUACUUAUACUGGUGGAGAAGAUCUUUUUGGUUUGCCUGUUACUCGAUAUCCUCAGCUGCUUGAAAUAAAGAAGCAACUGAAUCUGUUACAGAAACUCUAUAAUCUGUAUAACAAUGUCAUUGACACAGUCAGUGGCUACUAUGAUAUUCUUUGGUCGGAAUUAGACACUGGAAAAAUUAACAGUGAACUUUUGGAGUUUCAGAACAGAUGCUGUAAGCUUCCUCGUGGUGUAAAGGAAUGGCAGGCCUUUUUUGACCUAAAGAAGACCAUUGAGGAAUUCAGUGAAUGUUGCCCAUUGCUUGAGCGUAUGUCAAGUAAAGCAAUGAUGCCUCGACACUGGAAGCGGAUUAUGGAUCUCACUGAACACAACUUCGAUGUGGAAAGUGAAACAUUCAGACUGAGGAAUAUAAUGGAAGUUCCACUAUUAAGAUAUAAAGAGGAAAUAGAGGAUAUCUGUGUAAGUGCUGUGAAGGAGAGAGACAUUGAGCAGAAGUUAAAACAAGUGAUAGCUGAGUGGGACAACAAAACAUUUAUCUUCGCAAACUUUAAAACACGUGGGGAACUUCUUUUAAGAGGUGACAGCACGUCAGAAACAAUUGCUACCAUGGAGGACAGCUUGAUGAUUCUUGGCUCUCUCAUGAGUAACAGAUACAACACACCCUUCAAGACACAGAUUCAGAAAUGGGUGCACUAUCUUUCCAACACAACAGAUAUCAUUGAGAACUGGAUGACUGUGCAGAACUUGUGGAUUUAUUUAGAAGCUGUUUUUGUUGGUGGUGACAUAGCAAAGCAGCUUCCAAAGGAAGCAAAGCGUUUCUCUAAUAUUGAUAAAUCCUGGGUGAGGAUCAUGACCCGAGCUCAUGAAACACCUAAUGUUGUUCAGUGCUGCAUUGGAGAUGAAAUCAUGGGACAGUUACUACCACAUUUACUAGAACAGCUUGAAAUCUGUCAGAAAUCACUCACAGGGUACCUGGAGAAGAAACGCCUCCUAUUUCCACGAUUUUUCUUUGUGUCAGAUCCUGCUCUCUUAGAAAUUCUUGGCCAAGCGUCAGACUCUCACAAUAUACAGGCACAUCUGCUGAAUGUCUUUGACAACAUUAAAACUGUCAUGUUCCACGAAAAGAUAUAUGACCGUAUAUUGUCAAUUAGUUCACGAGAGGGUGAAACUAUAGAGCUGACUAGACCUGUAAUGGCUGAAGGUAAUGUGGAAGUUUGGCUCAAUUCUCUGUUGAAGGAAUCCCAGCUGUCACUGCAUCAUGUUAUUCGUCAGGCAGCUGCACACAUCCAGGAAACCAGUUUCCAGCUGACUGAAUUUCUUUGUACUUACCCAGCCCAGGUUGGGUUGUUGGGAAUCCAAAUGAUUUGGACAAGAGAUUCAGAAGAAGCUUUGACUAAUGCCAGGUAUGAUAAAAAAAUUAUGCGAAAGACCAACCAGUUGUUCCUGGAUCUUCUAAACACGCUGAUAAAUAUGACAACAAAAGACCUCAGCCCAGUCGAGCGAGUUAAAUACGAGACAUUGAUCACUAUUCAUGUGCAUCAGAGGGACAUUUUUGAUGGUCUGUGUUGCAUGCAUAUCAAGAGCCCUACAGACUUCGAGUGGCUGAAACAGUGUAGAUUUUAUUUUAAUGAAGACUCUGAUAAAAUGAUGAUUAAGAUCACUGAUGUGGGUUUCACAUACCAGAAUGAAUUCUUGGGCUGUACUGACAGGCUUGUCAUAACACCUCUUACAGACAGAUGUUACAUCACUUUGGCUCAAGCUUUAGGCAUGAACAUGGGUGGAGCACCUGUGGGACCUGCAGGAACUGGAAAAACUGAAACCAUCAAAGACAUGGGCCGGUGCCUUGGAAAAUACGUAGUGGUCUUCAACUGUUCAGACCAGAUGGAUUUCCGAGGACUUGGGAGGAUCUUCAAAGGUCUUGCUCAGUCUGGCUCCUGGGGUUGCUUUGAUGAAUUCAAUCGUAUUGAUUUACCAGUAUUAUCAGUAGCUGCACAGCAAAUUGCAAUUGUGUUGACGUGUAAGAAGGAACGUAAAAGAAGUUUUAUUUUUACUGAUGGAGAUAAUGUGGAAAUGAACCCAGAAUUUGGCAUCUUUCUUACUAUGAAUCCAGGAUAUGCUGGACGGCAAGAACUUCCUGAAAACUUGAAGAUCAACUUCCGUUCGGUGGCUAUGAUGGUUCCUGAUCGUCAAAUCAUAAUUCGUGUUAAAUUGGCUAGUUGUGGUUUCAUUGCUAAUGUUGUACUUGCAAGGAAAUUCUUCACACUGUACAAGCUGUGUGAAGAACAACUGUCAAAGCAGGUGCAUUAUGAUUUUGGCUUGCGGAAUAUAUUGUCAGUGCUGCGUACAUUAGGAGCAGCAAAAAGAGCGAAUCCUGCAGAUACUGAAUCUACCAUUGUCAUGCGUGUACUGAGAGACAUGAAUCUGUCUAAACUAAUUGAUGAAGAUGAACCCUUAUUCCUGAGUCUAAUUGAAGAUCUGUUUCCAGAUAUCCAGCUUGAUAAAGAAGGCUAUCCUGAACUGGAAGCCGCCAUUGACAAACAGGUGGAGGAAGCUGGACUUGUUUGUCAUCCUCCUUGGAAACUGAAAGUUAUACAGCUUUUUGAAACUCAGAGAGUAAGGCAUGGGUUGAUGACACUAGGACCUAGUGGUGCAGGAAAAACUGUUUGCAUUCACACUUUAAUGAGAGCCAUGACAGAUUGUGGACAGCCACAUCGUGAAAUGAGAAUGAAUCCUAAAGCUAUAACUGCUCCGCAAAUGUUUGGUCGUCUCGAUGUGGCAACAAAUGAUUGGACAGAUGGAAUAUUUUCAACACUCUGGAGAAAAACUUUAAGAGCCAAGAAAGGUGACCACAUCUGGAUAGUUCUUGAUGGUCCAGUUGAUGCUAUUUGGAUUGAGAAUCUUAAUUCUGUCCUGGAUGAUAAUAGAACUCUAACACUAGCAAAUGGAGAUCGGAUACCUAUGGCACCAAAUUGCAAAAUAGUCUUUGAACCUCAUAAUAUUGAUAAUGCUUCUCCAGCUACAGUUUCAAGGAAUGGGAUGGUAUUCAUGAGCUCAUCAGUUCUCAACUGGAGCCCUAUCCUCGAGGGAUUUUUGAAAAGACAUUCCUUUCAAGAAGCUGAAAUUCUACGUCAGCUGUAUUAUUCAUCGUUCCCAGACUUAUACCGCUUCAGCAUUCAGUGUCUGCAAUACAAGACUGAGAUGUUGGAAGCCUUUGUGAUUAUGCAGAGCAUUAAUAUGCUGCAGGGCCUUAUCCCACCUAAGGAGCAAGGAGGGGAAUUGACUCCAAAAUAUUUGGAAAGGCUAUACAUCUUCUCUCUUAUGUGGAGUGUAGGAGCAUUACUGGAACUGGAAGACCGAUGCAAAAUGGAGUACUGGCUUCGAAACCAUGCAACAAUAAAACUUGAUCUUCCCUGUAUCCCAGAAGGCAGGGAAGAUACCAUGUUUGAUUAUUAUGUGGCAUCUGAUGGUAAAUGGAUGCACUGGAAUACACGUGUUGAAGAGUAUGUAUAUCCCAGUAGCAGCACUCCAGAGUAUGGCUCCAUUCUUGUGCCUAAUGUCGACAAUGUGAGAACAGAUUUCCUUAUUGAAACCAUCGCAAAACAGGGCAAGGCUGUCCUACUAAUUGGUGAGCAAGGAACUGCAAAGACUGUUAUCAUCAAAAGUUUUAUGUCAAAAUAUAACCCUGAAAGCCAUAUGGCUAAGAGUUUGAAUUUUUCAUCUGCAACUACCCCAUUAAUUUUCCAGCGUACCAUAGAAAGUUAUGUGGACAAGCGCAUGGGCACAACUUAUGGUCCGCCUGCAGGCAAAAAGAUGACAGUCUUCAUUGAUGAUGUGAAUAUGCCCAUAAUCAACGAAUGGGGUGAUCAGGUCACUAAUGAGAUAGUUAGGCAGCUGAUGGAACAGAAUGGACUGUAUAAUCUGGAAAAGCCUGGUGAAUUUACCAACAUUGUGGACAUUCAGUUUUUGGCUGCCAUGAUCCACCCUGGGGGAGGUCGCAAUGAUAUUCCACAGAGGCUGAAGAGACAAUUUUCUGUAUUCAACUGUACUCUGCCUUCUAAUUCUUCCAUUGACAAAAUUUUUGGUAUAAUUGGAGAAGGGCACUAUUGUAGUGAGCGGGGAUUUUCAGAAGAUGUGAAGAAAACAGUAUCCAAAUUGGUUCCACUGACACGCAGGCUGUGGCAGAUUACCAAGCUAAAAAUGUUGCCCACACCAGCCAAGUUCCAUUAUGUCUUCAACCUUCGAGACCUCUCAAGGAUUUGGCAAGGAAUGCUGAACACUACAUCAGAAGUGAUCAAUGAACCAAAGGUACUGCUAAAACUAUGGAAGCAUGAAUGUAAGUGUGUUAUUGCUGAUCGUUUCACAACCUCAGAAGAUGUAAAAUGGUUUGACACAGCUGUGGCAAAACUCGUUCAGGAGGAAUUUGAAGAAACAAAAGCUUUGCUGGAUCCUGAAAUUGAUGUGUUCUUUGCUGACUUCUUAAGGGAUGCACCUGAAAGAACUG